UAUAUAAAGGAUUCUUCUUCUAUUUCAUUUCUCAAUCACAACUCUGGACGACGUUGUCUCUAUAACAAUGGCAGGCCGCGGGGAAGAAAUUUCCUCCGCCCAGCUUGUCGCCAAUCGGAUCCAGCGACGGACGGAGUUGCAGAGAGGAUGAAAACUCCGGUGGAGCGACGGCGGCGCGUGGUGGUCACAGGUAUGGGCGUGGAGACGCCGAUCGGAAACGAUCCAACCGUCUUCUACAACAACCUUCUAGAAGGCAUCAGCGGCGUUAGUCUCAUCGAAAAUUUCGAUUGUUCUCAAUUCCCAACCAGAAUUGCGGCGGAGAUAAAAUCGGUUUCGACGGAGGGAUUUGUUGAGCCGAAAUUGGCGAAACGAACAGACAAAUUCAUGCUGUACAUGCUGCUGGCGGGGAAGAAGGCUCUGGCCGACGGCGGAGUCACCGGAGACGCCAUGGAUGAAUUGAACAAAGCUCGCUGUGGAAUUCUGAUCGGCUCCGCCAUGGGAGGGCUCAAGCUGUUCGAAGAGGGAAGUGACGUGUUUCGGAGCUCGCCGUACAGAAAGCUGAGUCCGUACAGUGUGCCAUUACUGACCACCAACAUGGGUUCCGCCAUGCUUGCACGCGAUCUGGGAUGGAUGGGGCCGAAUUACUCGAUAUCCACAGCUUGUGCGACCAGCAAUUUCUGCAUACUCACUGCGGCUAACCAUAUUCUCAGAGGUGAAGCUGACAUGAUGCUAUGCGGCGGAUCGGAUGCAGCAGUUGUACCAUUUGGAGUAGGAGGUUUUGUUGCAUGCAGAGCAUUAUCGCAAAGAAACAAUGAUCCAACAAAAGCCUCGAGACCUUGGGACACUGAUCGCGAUGGAUUCGUUUUGGGGGAGGGCGCUGGCGUGUUGAUCUUGGAGGAAUUACAACAUGCUAAGAGGAGAGGUGCAACUAUAUAUGCGGAGUUUCUUGGUGGAAGCUUCACUUGUGAUGCUUAUCACAUGACAGAUCCCCAUCCAGAAGGAACGGGGAUAAUCGAAUGCAUAGAGAAGGCUUUGGCGGAGUCGGGAGUAUCGAAAGAGGAGGUGAACUACGUAAACGCGCACGGGACCUCCACUCCCGUCGGCGAUCUUAAGGAGUUCCAAGCCGUUGCUCACUGCUUCGGAAAAAAUCCAGAGCUCAAGAUGAACUCGACGAAAUCAAUGGUUGGGCACCUUGUUGGAGCUGCCGGUGCUGUCGAGGCUGUUGCCACUGUACAGGCAAUUCAAACGGGUUGGAUUCAUCCUAAUAUAAACCUUGAAAAUCCAGACAACGGAGUGGACAUAAAGUUGCUGGUGGGACGAAAGAAAGAAAGGAUGGACAUUAAAGUGGCGUUAUCCAAUUCUUUUGGCUUCGGUGGCCAAAACUCAUCCAUUUUAUUUGCUCCCUACCUGCACAAUUAAUUAUUUAAUUAAUUGAUAUUAACCCCUAAAUAAAUAAAAUAAAUAAAUAAAUAAAAUCUAGAAUUGCAUAUUCAAA